AUGAUUAGUUUGAGUUAUAGUGGCUUUUUAAUAUUACUUUUAGGAAGAUUUUUAUAAAUAAUUUCAUUAUUAAACAUACCUUAGUAAUAAUCAUUUUUUAAAUACUUAGAUGUAGAAUAUCCAUAAAAUUUCUAAAUUUAUUUUGAAUCUUUAAAUUUCAUUAAUUUGUAAAGAUUAUUGAUUUAUUUAAAUUUUCCAGAUUUAUAUUCAAAUAUUUUUUCAAAAUAGUUUUAAGAGAGUGCAGGUAAGUUUAAAGAGUAUUAAAUAAAUGCUGAUUUUCUUAGCAAUAUUGAUAAUUUGAUAUUCUAAAUUUUUGUUGGAUUUACCUUUUGUUUACUGCUCUAUGUAUAUGAAAAAUAUAUUUCUAAAUACAUUUCCUUAAGAAAAGUUUUAUAGUUUAUUCAAAAACUGAAAUGGAAAGUUAUAAUAUCUCUUUUUAUUUAUCUAUAUCAAUUUAAAAGGAAGAACUUAGAAAUUAAAAGAAUCAUCAGUAAAGAGGUUUUUAUUAAAUUCAUUUAUGAAAAUAGUUAAGACUUAAUGUUUAAAGUUGGUAAUUUUUAUUUCCAAUACAAAGUCUGA